AUGUCUAAGAAUACCGCGAAGAAGCGAGCCGCUGGUGGCAUUGCUAAGAGGGUGAGUGGUCCACUUGGAUCGCCGGUUGCCUCUCCUGCCCCAGCAAGUCCUGGAAGUGAAGGAGAACAUGAGCUGGCGUGGUCAGAUGUCCACAGUCAGUGGUGUCUCAGUUGCCGUGAUGGUGCUGAUGGGGACGUUGUGCUCUACGAGUGCAGCAGCUGCCCUUGCGUCAUGUGUGGCAGGUGUCUUGCCAUCCCAUCUGACUCUCGCGACCUCGCGGGUCGCCCUGACGUCCUUUUCUGGUGCCUCAGCUGUCAUGCUGGGCACACCAAUAAGGUGCCUGUGCCCUACUUUGGUUUCUAUACAGGCGGCCCGCCGACUGCAGGAGGAAAGCCUGCCUUCCAGGACUUCCUCCGCUUGAAGGGAACGUUCGAGAUGGCAUCUUCCGCAGUAUUGGCCGCAGCUCCCGUCGCUGUCAUCCACUUUAUUGUGGGUGACAGUAAGGAGAUCGUCACGCCAGUACCUCUACUAUCCCACUACCUCGACCACUAUUUCCCCAAUGGCGGCUACAUCUAUCUAGAGGUCCCGUUCUACAUCGCGACGCACAAGGGUAUUUGCACAUACACUUGCGCCCAGGAUGCACGCGUCAGUAAGCUCAAGUCUCAUCUCGCCCACGGCGGACGUGUCUUCGCGUUUUUCUCAGAUCAUUCUGAGGAGGAUAGCGGAUGGCUUUUCGCCGGAAAAGAAAAAGGUAUUUUUGUUGCCAUGAGUGUUUCGCAGGUGCUAUGUACCGUGCUAGGACCAUACUCUGGUGUCCUCCAGGGCGCCAUGAUGGUCUUUCUAGUUUGUGGCUCUGUCGUGGCUCACGACGACGCCUUCGGUGAGCUCCAACAAACUGUUCUCGACUACAACGUGGGGUCGGUCAUCAUCUUUUCCGCCACUCGGUUCCAGCCACUUGUCGCUAUGAAUUUCUUGCUGGCUUUGGUGGAGCAGGUGAUAGUGGAGCAACUGGAUAUCAGUAAGGCAUUCCCGGGACUUCUCGCCCUGUCCAGUCGUCUGGGGCAACACACCAAGGUGAUCCUCAUGAUCAGGGAAGUUGCUCACAGCGUGCAUAACCUCCUCAUCACCCAGUUUGCACGUGCGCACAUGCAAACUCAGCCAUGGGGUAUCGCUGUCCCUGGACAGUGCCCUCUGUGUGGGUCCACUAAUAGUUGGUCAGCGAGGGUCGCAGUCCGGGGAGCGUGUGGGUCUUGCAAACCUGAUGAUCCUGACCAGGCUCCUGUAUCCAGGUACCUAUAUGCCUGCACUUAUCCUGAGUGCGGCAGGGUGCAGGGCAAACCUCCUUACAAGUUCCACAUUGAGAAGCCCCCUGGUUCCCUUGUCAACGCUGCUAUGACAAAGACCUCAAGUUGGUUCCAGUCCCCCUCCACAACUUUUCCGCCUUCUCUUAUGUCUUUGCCUGCUUCAUGUGGGCCUUCUGACACCAAAGGCAAGCGCCCCAGAAGUAUGGAUGCAGAAGUGUUGACCAAGAGGAUACGGAUUUGA